GCUAUGGUAUAUGUACAAAGAUAAUAAUUUAAUUUAAAAAAAUUAAGAGCAUUCCUCUAGAUUGCCCGAGUGAGCAUUUUCUUCCCUGCGCCUACUUAAUUAAAAACGACCAUCAGUGUUUUAAUUAGACCAUUGACAUUUCUCAAUAACUGCAAAAGGGGCCUUAACUCACCGCGCUAGAGGACACACUAUUACUCUGAGCUGUAACUGGCCGUGCUUCUGAUAAUCCUACUCCCUUGUAGAAUCAGUUCCGUGGAGGAGAAGGAACGCUCCUGGGACAAAUGGGGACUCGGAGACACCCUUUUUGGAAACCCAGGUCCGCCCCUCAGAGCAUGUAGGAAGUGAAGCAAACUAGCAGGACCAUCCAACUCACACAUCGCAGGGCGUUUGGAGGCGGGGUGGGGAAAACAGGCCGGCUCCCUAGUUAAUCUCACACUUCCCGUCCAUUUCAAAAACAAGGUGUGACUCCGCAGCCCGAUCUCAAAACAAAACAAAACACCCAGCACCUUCAGAAGCUGGCUGCCAGGUACCCUAGGAACCUAACCCCCUGCCUCAAGGAGCCUUCUCUUUCCUGGUGCCUGUUCCCUGGGACAGAUCACAACCUGCUCAGUGAAAACAAGGCUUUAAGCUUUUGGAGGUACUUCCUGCUCCGUAAGGCUCUGCGCUCACUGGGGCUGCUGGCCUUGGCCGUUCUGCCUGUGGGCCUUCUGCCCGCUACAGACCCUGGGGGAAUCGCCUACGGAGGAGAAAGGCGGAAGCUGGCAUCCAGCAUGUCUUCUCCUUCUCCCCCCAAUAGCCCUGUGAAGUAAGGGUUUAUGGUCUGCGUUUAGCAUAGGAGGGCAUCCACGCUCAGAGCGGUUAUCCCCUCCCUAGACCUGUUUCUGUGACAGUACACCCCACAGGCUCUGAACCUCUAGGUGGGCUUGGGGUGUGUGUGUUUGGAGGGUGGGGGGAGGAGGGUUUGAAGGGAAGAGGAGGCCUCUGGGCCCCUCUGCUCCUCUCCUCUGGCCCCUGGCCGCUGCCUCCUGGCUGCAGGCUGCCCAGGUUUGUUUUCUUUGGCUCCCCUUUAAUGAGCUCCUCAGGACGAUGCUAAGUCUAGUUAGGCAGCCUUAAUUGGUUUAGUUGCCACGAGAUAAUUCCUUUUUUCUUCCCCGGGAGGGGAGGCCGUUUUGCUCUGAGCCGUUUUAGCUGGAGGAUGCUAAUUAUCAAUGAGGAGAAAGUGACACCUGAGGAGUCCAUCUUCCAUCUUGGUCCUGCUCGACUCUCCUUUGAACUCCCUCCCCGGCCUCUUUGCCACUUCAUCACUCGGCCCCCAGCACCAUAAAAGCCAGCUCUGGCCGGGCUGGCGGCCGCAGAACCUCCUUUCUCUCUGGCCGGGGAGCCCCUCUCUCUGCAGCCACCUGGCAGGCAUGGACGGCCUGCGGGACACCCUCCUGGGCCUGGAGGACGACAGCGGGGGCCCCUCCGACGGCCCCGGCCUGCUGGCCGCCUGGGACUGGAAGAGCGGGGCCGGGCCCUUCGAGCUGAGCCAGGCCUCGCCCGCCCAGAGCCUGUCCCCGGCGCCCUCGCUGGAGUCCUACACCUCCUCCCCCUGCCCCGCCGCAGCCGGGCUGCCCCGUGGGCACGGCGGUGCCAGCACCGAGAGCAGAGACGCGGGCGGCCUGGUGGAGGUGGACUACAACAUGCUGGCUUUCCAGCCGGCCUACCUGCAGGCCGCCGGGGGCCCCAAGGCCCACAAGGGCAGCAAGGUCAGGAUGUCCGUGCAGCGCAGACGCAAGGCCAGCGAGAGGGAGAAGCUCCGCAUGCGGACCCUGGCCGACGCCCUGCACACCCUGCGCAACUACCUGCCGCCCGUCUACAGCCAGCGGGGCCAGCCGCUCACCAAGAUCCAGACGCUCAAGUACACCAUCAAGUACAUCGGGGAGCUCACGGACCUGCUCAACAGCGGCAGGGAGCCCCGGGCCCAGAGCGCCUGAGCCCAGCCCAGAGACUCCACUCGGGGACUCCACCGGGCUCCCUGGACCACCAGCAGCACACGGGCAUGUCUGUGUGGGCAGCCUGGGACCUUGCUGUGGGGAGAGUCUUCAGGGGAUGUCCUCUGGGCUUGAUGGAACAGCCGGAGAAGCAGGUACUUAGCUUCCAGUUCCCCCAGGAUGUCUCAGGAGGCUGGUCCUUUGCAAAGACACGGAUUCGUCUGCCUUUCUCUGUUCACGUUCCUUUCAAGGUUCCAUGACUUUAAGUAAAGCACUGUGAAAUGGUUACAGCUCAUCUUCUCUUGUCACGCUGGCGUGGGGAGCUUUCUUCCGUGGCCAAGGAGACCUGUAUUCUGUACAGGAUCCAGGGUGACACCUGGAUUCCAAUUUAGAAGGUUCUGUGUCAGGGAAAGGGCUCAGUGCUUGUGUGUGUGUGUGACUGGAACCCUGCCUUUACCUGCACAAGGACCCCAAAUCCCUUACAUGCAGCAGAGAUGAGCGUCAUGGGAAACAGACCGCCAGGGACAGACAGACUAUGCUAAGACAGUGAGGAGCCUAGGGCCAGCGCCUGCGGUCUUAAGGGAAGGGAAAGAAGGCUGCCAGCGAGCAAGGCUAGUGCAGGGAACAGGAGGGGUAGAGCAGGGGAGGAGGAGAGGGAGGACUCCGUGCUGCGGGGUGGGCCUGGGCUCGGAGGGCUGGAGGGUCCUGUGCUAGGCCUCCUGGGAAUAUGACCUCUCUGGAUCCCGUCACUCACUCAUUUCUCAAGUGAAGAGAAUGAUUCCAAAAGGAAACCAGACUAUUUUGAUUGUGUAGUAAAGUGCCAGGGGCAGGAUCAGAACCCUAGUCUACCUCAAAUCCCUGCAAAGGUAUUUAUUUCUUCACCAGAGCAUCAGCCCCUCCUCCCUACCCCCAAGUCACCCCACAUGCACCCACACACCUUCCCUGUGCCUCAUCGGAGGGGGUGACCACAGCGCCCUCAGCUUGGCUGAUUUGAUGGUACGUGGCAUCACCAAGGAGCUUUGCAUUAAGGAGGCUCUCAGGAGAGGUAAGCUUUAGGCUGAAUAGUCCCCUCCUCUAAUGAGUAAGCAUUUGUAUUUGUUUCUCAAUGUUUAUGGCUCCUGUGUUUUUUUUCUGUUGGUGACUUUUUCCUUUUUUAGCAACAAACUACAAAGGCAGUCGAGGUGUUCACAAUUUUAUGUAGAGUCCACUUCUUCCUUUUCAUGCAAAUAAAUGUAGUCAUGCAUGCAUUUUUAAAGACCCUCUUUAAUUCUACAAAUUGCUUUUUUUUUUUUUUAAACUUGGGACACAUAGCCAAAGCCCUCCCAAGUUAGCACACAUAAACCUGUAACGUGAGGGCCGUUAUUACCUUCAUCCUACAGACGAGGAAACGGAAGUGCAGACUUGCCCUGCGACCCACGUGUGAACAAGUAGAGGAUGCAGAAGGUCAACGAUGCGCCACAGCAUCCUUUGUGUAAUGAAUCACCUGGUGAAUGAUAUUUAGGUUGUCUUCAGUUUCUUUUUAAUUACAGUGCCUUAACAGACAUCACAGACAACUCACUAGCUUUUUACACUGAUAUUUUAAUUAGUCCUAGUAAUUCACAGAAAUGGAAUUCCUGCAUUAGAGAGUGUGUACGUGUUAAAGCUGAAUAAAUAUGAUGACUUUUACAAAGUUUGUAAUUAUUCACACUUGCCCUAACAUUAUGGGCCAGAACCAGCUGCUGGAUAUUACCAAUCUUUUGAACUGUUUUAAUGGAUAGGAAAUAGGUAUGUCGUUGUGUUAAUUUUAAUUUUUCUAUGAACUAUUUGAGAUGGCGCGGCUUUAAAAAUUUUACGUUACUGUUGUUCGUUUUGGGUUUUUUUUUAUAACUUGCCAUUUUAUGUUCUUUGUCAUUUCUCUAUUGCUUAUUUAUCGUCAUUAAUAAUUUGGGAGGGUUCUUAGUACAUGAUAUGUGAUACAAAUAUUUGCUCCCAAUCUAUUGUUUUGUUGCCAUUCUUAUAUUUUAUAUUUGACUUUGAGCAUGAGAUCUUUUCCUCUUUUAAGUUUUGCAUUUUAUAUGAUCAAAUAUCUCCUUUUUUAUGGCUUAUAUGUGUUUUUUUUUUUCACUUUGCCUAAUUUUUCCCUGUUCCAAGGCUAUCUAAAUGUUUAGGUUUAAAUAUAUGUUUCUGUAACUAUUUAUCUAUAGCUCUUUAACAUACCUGCAACUUAUUUUUUAUGUUUUUGUGCAUAGACGGGAUCUAACUUUAUUUCUGAUUAGUAUUUUUGUAACUGAGAAAUAUCUUGCCAUUGGCGGGGGGUGGGGGGGGUCAGGUGAUAGGCACAUUUGCUAAAAUGUUAUUUUGUAUGUACAAACUUCAUCAACUUCUCUACAUUUGCCAGUGGCAUUUUAGAGAAGAAACUGGAAAAUGUUGGAUAAUAUCAAAGUUUUCCGUAAGGGCCUCUAGCCUGUGUAUGUAUAGAUGUUCAUGUGAGAGUGUGUGUACACAUAUGUAUAUGUGUGUGUGUGUGUGUUACUCUAUUUGUUGGGGGAGGAGGGUUAGAAAGGAGAGUGUGAUGUGGGGAAGGGUGUGUCUAGCCUUUGAUUGGCUUUUAGAUCCAUUGUCAUUUUUCUUGCCAUGCUCUUGACUUUCGAUAUUUUUUUUCAAGUUCAAGCAGUAAGAAUGGGUUAUAAAUAGCAAUUGUGGCCAGUUUGGGUUGCCUUCUGGAUUCUGUGAAUGGGUUAGGAGAUGCUGUCCUCACUUUCAGACAACCCCGAAAGCCACAGACUCCCUACUGGCUGGGCUCCCAAGGUGCCAGCUGAGAGGAGGCCUCUGGAAAGUCAGGAGAAGGUGACAGCUUCCUGGCAGGAGGCCUCCAGCGCGGGCCUGGCUGCACUCCGCACAGCUGCAGGCCUCCCCACAUUGCAUGGGCACCCCCCGGCCGGCCGCCGUGGGGAGAGGCAGCUGCCCCUCAGCCUCUGACUGCAGCAGUCCCCGAUGAGGAUGAGGUCACCUCCCGGGGGGGAGCAGAGCUGGAGCGGCUCCCUGAUUUCUCUGGGGAGCACUGAAAAGCAGCAGCUGGCCUGGGCCCAGCUCAGGGGUGGGAAUAAGUCACUUUGGGUGCUUAGAUAGGAACUGCAAUUUGUGUGUGUCCAAUGUGCUGUGCUGGGAAUUUUCAUAUUUUUAGUUUCACACUGUCCUCCAAACAGUCCCAGGCCGUGGGCAUUAUCAGUUCCAUUUGAGGAAAGGGAAGCAGGGCAAAGCCACAUGAUCAGGAGUGGCACGUGGGGGAAGACUUGGCUAGUGAGUUAGGCUCCGACUCCAAAGCUCAGGCCCCUCCGUGGAGUCCUGCUGUGCUGCCCUCUCUUCCAGGGGCUCCCAGGCCCCCCUGCCCCGCGCUGGGCAACAGGAGAGAAAUCCUCACUCCCCACUUCCCCAGAGCAAAUCUUCACUCUGGGCUUCUCCGCCUUUUCUCUGCAUCUCCCUCCCUGGGCCCCGGGCUCCUUUCCCCACCUGAAGGCUUUCAGAAGGGGCUCUUCAUCUUGUCAUUAAAUCAUUUCCCUUUGAACUUCCACCUCCACCCCAAACCUUUCCAGAGCUUCCCUUCCCUUCCUUCCUGGCGCCCAGAGUCCUUCCUGACCCGCAGAGGAAACCUGACGUCUGUCCGUUGGUGCUCA